AUGGCCAGCCGUCGUGCAAACGGUGUCUUGUCCUGGGCGGCCAAAGCGGCCGUCCUGGGCUCUCUCUUUUCUACUCCCGUGAGCGCCAACGAAGACGACAUCAUUACUGUUGAAGUCCUUGUUACGACCUACCUCGCGUUUGGUGCUUGCGCCAACGCCUGUGCUCCCCAGCAAUUCUUUACAACGGCUGAAGAGAAGCCACCGUAUGUGACGCUCACUCUGCCGACCUGCCAGUCGGAUCCUGUCACCUCAACCAAACAUCCUCAGUGCCCAGUCUGUGAAGGCACCGUCUUUCAUUACGAACCUACUCAAGAUCCUUUUGUUACCAUCACCUCGACUGCCACUGGCCUUCGCCCAUACGUCUCGACUAUUCAUCCUGCUUGCCAUGGCUGUGAGGGCACUGUCAUUAUCUGCGAACCCCAGACCAAGGGCCCUUGGGAGCCGCAACCUACCACAUAUACUUGCGAAGGGGCUGGCCCCGACGAUCCUCGAUUUACUAUCCCAGGCAGCGGCCCGGAAUCACCCCCCACAGUUGUUAUUGGCACUCCUGGAUUUACCAACCAUCUCGUCACGGUGACGGCUGAUGGAUACCACCAAGGUGAAAGAGCCGAAACCCACACGCUUCUCCCGACUGGCCGCGAUGGAAGACCUCUGCCUGGAGCAGAGCCCAUCGUGGUUUGUGGCGAUCCUGGUCAUUGGCCAGCGGUGCUUACUGCUCCUGGCGCGGGACCUAACGGUCCACGAGUUACUUUGCCACCGAUCAGGCCUGGUGAGCCUCCUAUCGUCGUCAUUGAGCCAUCAACGGGCCAUGAACACGGUGGUUACGGAGAUGAGGGCUAUGGAAAAGAUGGCUAUGAGCACAAGGACUUUGAGCACAAAGGCCAUGAACACAACGGCUAUGACCACAACGGCUAUGACCACAACGGCUAUGACCACAACGGCUAUGACCACAAAGACCAUGAGGCAAAGAAUCAUGAACACAAGGAUCAUGGAUACAAGGGCCAUGAAGGCAAGGAUCAUGACAAUAAGGACUCUGGUCACGAUGGCUAUGGAUACGAUGAGCCUAAAGAUGACGCCUAUGGAAGCGAUGACUACGGACACGAGGGCCAUGGACACGAUAGCCAUGGCGACAAGGGUCAUGGGCACAAGGAUCAUGGGCACAAGGGCCACGGAAGUCAAGGGGACGGACAUCACGAAUCAGGUGCAACGGGCGAGUUCUUGCCUGGAACGCAGAUCGAUCUCAACGGGGAUGGAAGAGCUGAUACCGUCAUUGGCAUCGACGGCGGCGUCGAUCUGAACGGCGAUGGCCUGCCUGAUAUCAUCAUUAAUGUUGAUGGAGGCGUUGACACCGACGGCGAUGGCAUAGUCGACACCUUCGUCAGCGAGAGCGGUUCAGUUGAUGUUGACGGUGAUGGCCGUCCUGAUAUCACCAUUCUCAUCCCCGGCGAUAAUAAUAUCGGGGUCAAUCCUGGUUUCAACUUUGACUUUGUGAGGUUGGUCGCCGGCACUCCGAUCGACACAAACGGUGAUGGCGUACCCGAUCUCGUCAUCGGACCCCUCGGCGGCGUUGACCUGAAUGGAGAUGGGAUACCAGAGAUCUUCAUCAGAUUCGAUGGCGCUGUUGAUCUCAAUGGAGAUGGCUCGCCAGAUGCCAUGGUUGACCUCGACGGUGGCGUUGACACGGAUGGCGAUGGCAGGCCUAACUUCAAGAUUAUGUAUGUCCUUGAUCCUCAAGGCCUUGGAGUCCUUGGGUUCCACUCUCUCGCUGGCUCGCCGGUUGAUACAGAUGGCAACGGUACACCUGAUGCUGUAAUCAGCGUGUCUGGAGCCAUCGUUCUCAACGACGGUAGGAGGUUGGGCCCUGUCAUCGGCCUAAACGGCCUUGUGGACCUGAAUGGAGAUGGCAGGCCAGAUACGCGCAUCCUCUCCAGGGGCGGCAUCGACAUCAAUGGCGAUGGCACAGCCGACAUCUUUGUUCAGCCUCGCAUGCGGUCUACUGACCAGUCGUCAUUCAUCCACCCUGGCCUUCCUGUGGACAUCAAUGGCGAUGGACAGCCAGAUGGCACCAUUGGUCUGAGUGGCGGCAUUGAUAUCGACGGGGAUGGUAUACCAGACAUCUACAUCGACUCCCUGGGCAACGUGGAUAUAAACGACGACGGCAUUCCUGAUUUGGCGCUUGGCCUGGACGGCACCAUCAAUCUCGGUGGUGGGAGGUCACUUAUCACGAUUGGCGCCGGUCCUAUCGCUGGCAACGGCCGGCCACUCGCCAUCCCGGGCGUUGGCAUUGACCUGGAUGGUGACGGCAGGCCUGACGUGACCAUCCAGAGAGGUGGAGGUGUCGACAUCAACGGUGAUGGAAGAAUCGACCUGAUCAUCAAUCCUGACGGCACGGUUGAUACAAACCUCGACGGCAUCCCGGAUACUACGAUUGGCCUAGGCGGUGCCAUCGACACGAACGGCGAUGGCAUUCCGGACAUUUACCUCAUCGUCAGCCAGCCCCUUCCCAUCCCGGGCGCUGGAGUUGAUCUCAAUGGUGACGGCACGCCUGAUGUUGUAAUUGGCCCUGGUGGAGCUGUUGAUAUUGAUGGGGACGGGCGGCCUGACCUUAUCAUCAACCCUGACGGCUCUGUUGAUCUGAACCUUGAUGGAAUCCCAGAUACCAGAGUUGGGCCAGGCGGUGCUAUUGACAUCAAUGGCGAUGGGAUUCCAGACAUCAGGAUCAUCGGCGGCCGGCCUUUUGUCAUUCCUGGCGUUGGUGUAGACCUCAAUGGCGACGGCAAGCCUGACGUUACUAUUAGUCCUGGUGGAGGCAUUGACACCAAUGGGGAUGGCAGGCCCGACAUCAUUGUCAACCCUGAUGGCUCCGUUGAUCUGAAUCUCGACGGAAUUCCGGACACCAGGGUUGGCCCAGGUGGCGCCAUCGACACGAACGGUGAUGGUAUUCCCGACAUCACUAUUAUUGGGGGGAUCGGAGCCAUCAUCCCGGGGGGCACAGGAAAUGGAACCAUUAUCCCGGGGUCGGGCAUCGGCCACCCGGGUGCCUUUAGGCCUCUCCCCGGCCUUGGGGUCGAUCUCAACCUCGACGGCAAAGCAGAUACCACCAUUGGCCUCAACGGCGGCAUUGACACCAACAGAGACGGCAUCGCAGAUCUCAUGGUUCGCCUUGACGGUGGUGUUGACUUGGACCUUGACGGCAAUCCUGACGUGUAUAUCAGCGCCGAUGGCGGUAUCGACACCAAUGGAGACGGUAGACCAGACAUUCGGAUCCUGCCAAAUCCCGGCGGGCCGAUCAUCCCUGGUGGAACAGGAAAUGGUACCACUGGCGGUCUCAUUCCCCGCCCUGGCCUUGGAGUCGAUCUCAAUGGCGAUGGAAGACCGGAUACUACGAUCGGCCUCAACGGCGGCAUCGACAUCAACGGAGACGGCAGAGCAGAUCUCACAGUUGGUCUUGAUGGCAGCGUCGACCUGAACCUUGAUGGCAUCCCCGAUGGUCGUGUGCUACCGGGUGGCGGCAUCGACCUCAACGGAGAUGGUAGACCGGAUAUCACCAUCCUGAACCCCGGCGGACCUAUUAUCCCAGGCGGCACAGGGAACGGGACCACUGGCACCUUUGUUCCUAUCCCUGGGCUCGGCGUUGACAUCAACGGCGACGGCAAGGCCGAUACGAGCAUUGGUCUCGGUGGAGGCAUCGACCUGAACGGAGACGGACAGCCAGAUCUGAUUGUUCGUCUUGAUGGCGGCGUCGAUCUGAACCUUGAUGGCAUUGUGGAUAGCCAUGUCCUCCCCGGCGGUGGUAUCGAUCUCAACGGGGAUGGUAGACCAGAUAUUACUAUCCUGAGAGAACUUGUCGGAUCUGCCCUCACAGGAACCAACAAUGGCGGAAGCCCUGCUGGUUUGAUCUUCCCUGGCCUCGGAGUCGACCUGAACGGCGACGGCAAGGCAGACACCGCUAUCGGCGCUGACGGCGGCAUUGACACCAAUGGUGACGGCAGGCCCGACAUCUACAUCACAGCCAAUGGAACCAUCGACCUCAACGGCGAUGGAAGGCCUGACGCCGCCAUCACAUCUAGUGGUGCUAUUGAUUUGAACGGCGACGGAACGCCAGAUCUGACUGUCCUCGGCCUUACCAAUGCCAUUGUCAAUGCUAUCGGCAACUUGCUCGGUAACCAGGCCGGAGGCAAUGGUACCAAUGGUACCAAUACCGGCACCAGCCCCUUGAUCACAGUCGGGGGACGCCUUGUCAAUGGCGCUGGCGUGGACCUCAAUGGCGAUGGACAACCUGACGUGACUGUCAGCGCUGGUGGAACCAUCGACAUCAACGGAGACGGAAAGCCUGAUAUCAGGAUCUUGCCUGGCGGUGGCGUCGACAUCAAUGGGGAUGGAAUUGCUGAUACCAGCGUGCUCCCGAACGGCGGCAUUGACACUAAUGGAGACGGCAUUGCUGAUCUCAGGAUUAUUUUCAACGACCUUACGGGUACGCCUGGCGGUUUGUUGGGUUCUCUCGGUGCUGGACUGAACUCCCUACUCCAAGGCUUGACUGUUGGUACUCCCGUUGACCUCGACAAAGACGGAAAGCCAGACACUACGAUUGGCCUCGGAGGUGGCAUCGACCUAAACUUCGACGAUAUUCCGGACAUCAUCAUUCGCCCUGAUGGCAAGGUGGACCUUAACGGCGACGGCAUUUCUGAUACCACAAUUGCCCCGAACGGAGGCAUUGACAUCAAUCGCGAUGGAAUACCCGACAUCUUUGUCUUGCCGGGUUUCUUAGAGGGUAUGCUCACGGGUAACGGCUCUACCAAUUCGAGUAGCGGCGCCGGCAUUGGCCUGGGUCUCGGCCUUCAAGUCGGCAUCGGAUCUCGUGUCGACCUCAAUGGAGACGGAGUAGCAGACACCAGUGUCGGGGCUAACGGUGGCAUCGACCUCGAUUUCGACGGAAUCCCGGACGUCUUCCUCCUGCGUGGUGGAGGCGUCGACUUGAACAAAGAUGGAAAGCCCGAUACCAUCAUUGGUAUCACGGGAGGCGUUGACCUGAAUGGUGACGGUAAUCCUGACAUUACAAUCUUGCCCAGCGUUAUCGGCGCAGGCUUGCUUGGCUCCGGAGGGCUGGGCGGUCUUUUCGGAGGCGGCAACGCAACGGCUGUCCCCGAUUACCUGAAUAGCAUCUUCGGAAGCGACGGGAGCAUUGACCCUGAUUUCCUGGGCGGUAUCCUCGUGGGUAGCCUCAUCGGCAACACAACCGCCACUGGCAAUGGGACCUUUGUAAGCGGUCUAUUGGACAACCUCCUCGGCGGCAGCAAGGUGAUCAGUCCUCAUGUCCUGGCUGGACUUGUCCUUGGAGGACUUGCCGGAGGUGGCGCACAGGUCGAUCCCAACCUCUUGGGCGGUGUUCUGGUCGGUGCCUCAUUGAGCGGCCUGAACGCCACGGACAAGGCUGUUGAUCCUACCCUCUUGAGCGGCCUUGUCAGUGGGCUUUCGAAUAUUGCUCCUGCGACUCUGAAUGGGCUUGCCAUUGGAAGCUUGCUUGGAAGCAAUGGGACUGUUCCUGACCUGACUGGACUUCUUGGCAACGGCACGACGACCAACACCACUAACCCUGGCGGCGUCAUUGGAGGGAACGGAACAACGAAUGGCACUAUCCCUGGUGGUCAGACUGGUAAUGGAACUACCAUUGGUGAUCUUCUUGGUGGUCUUCUUAAUGGCACUAUCCCUGGUGGCCAGACUGGUAAUGGAACGACUAUUGGUGACCUGCUCGGUGGUCUCCUUAAUGGCACCACAGGUGAUACAGGAAGCAACGGUAAUGGAACGACUAUUGGUGACCUGCUCGGCGGUCUCCUUAAUGGCACCACAGGAGGUGUUGGCAACACCGGCAAUGGAACGACGAUCGGUGAUCUUCUAGGUGGCCUUCUCAACGGUACAACCGGAGGUGUGGGAGACAACGGCAAUGGAACUACCAUUGGUGAUCUGCUCGGUGGCCUUCUCAAUGGUACGACGGGAGGCGUAGGAGGCAAUGGCAAUGGAACUACCAUUGGUGACCUUCUCGGCGGUCUUCUCAAUGGGACAACAGGCGGCACAGGAGAUAAUGGAGGCAAUGGAACUACCAUUGGCGAUCUCCUCGGCGGCCUUCUCGGGAACGGGACCAACAGCACCAAUCCUGGUGGCGUGCUCGGUAACGGAACCACCAUCGGUGACCUCCUCGGUGGCCUCCUCAAUGGCACAACUGGAGGCACAGGGAACAACGGAGGCAACGGAACGACUCUUGGUGAUCUUUUAGGCGGCCUCCUCAACGGCACAACAGGGGGUACGGGAGACAACGGCAAUGGAACGACUAUCGGUGAUCUUCUCGGUGGCCUCCUUGGAAACGGAACCAACAGCACCAAUCCUGGUGGCCUGCUUGGCAACGGGACUGCUGUCGGCGAUCUCCUGGGUGGCCUUCUCAAUGGCACAACAGGAGGUACAGGAGACCUGGGUGGCCUUCUCGGCAACUUGACAGGAUCAGGCAAUAACACGGGCCUUGUGAACGCCAAUGGAACUGUCGACCCUGGCGCCCUCGGUGAUCUUCUCGGCAAUCUAUUGAACAACACUACUGGCGGCCUAGGAGGCCUAUUGGGCAACUUGACAAACCCCGCCGGAGGACAGACUGGCAACAAUACCGGAGGGCUUCUCGACCCCCUCUUGAAUGCUAAUGGAACACUUGGCGAUGGAAGUGGGAACCCUCUUGGUGGUCUCCUCAACAAUACCACAGGUGGACUGGGUGGUCUUCUAAACAACACCACAGGCGGCCUUCUCAACGGCAAUGGUACUGCAGGAAAUCCAUUGGGAGGUCUUCUCGGCAAUGGAACUGUGGGCAACGGCACUGGAAGCCUGGGCAACCUGGGGGAUCUUCUCACGAAUAUAACCACUGGGUUGGGCAAUCUUCUCAACAACACCACCGGUGGCCUGGGUGGUGUUCUCGCCAAUACGACCAAUGGCCUAGGCGAUCUUCUCAGCAACACCACUACAGGCACUGGAAAUCUCGGAGGUCUUCUCGGCAAUGCGACCACCGGCUUAGGCGGCGUCCUUAGCAACACAACCACUGGGCUCGGCGGUCUUCUAAGCAACACCACCAGUGGCCUCGGUGGUCUUCUCGGUAACGGAACCGCUGUGAACGGAAAUGGAGAUCUCCUUGGAGGUCUUCUCAGCAACACCACAAAUGGCCUCGGCAGCCUCAUCAACAGCACGACUGGUGGUCUAGGUGGCCUGCUCAGUGGGAAUGGAACUACAGGCAACAGCACCGGUGGCCUUUUGGGUGGUUUGCUUGGCGGGGGCACUGGAAACACUACUGGCGCCGGAGGCAACCUCGGUCUCGGCCUCAAUAUUCAGAUUGGCUCCCCAGUUGAUCUCAACGGCGACGGCAAAGGUGAUACCAUCAUUGGCCUCGAUGGCGGAAUCGACUUGAACGGAGAUGGAAGAUCCGAUAUCUUUAUCAAGCCUGGCGGAGGUGUUGACCUGAACGGCGAUGGAACAGCAGAUGUGACUAUUAGGGCAGACGGGGGCAUUGAUACCAACGGGGAUGGUAUCCCUGAUAUCAGGGUUGUCCUCGGAAAUGGAACUGCAGGAACUGGUACGCAAACCGGCACGGGUCUUCUUGGCGGAUUGCUGGGAGGUUCUGGCACCCAGAAUGGCACUCAGAACGGCACGAGUCUUCUGGGAGGUUUGCUUGGAGGAAGCACCAACCCCACAAACUCCAGUGGUAGUCUCCUGGGUGGACUGCUAGGUGGUGGUGGCACCACGAAUACCACAGGCGGACUUGGCUUGAAUGUGACGGCCUCGCUUGGACUUGGAAACAACAAUACCACAGGAAUCACUGGAACGACUGGCACGACUGGCUUGACCAACACGACAACCAACUCUACCUCACUGCUGGGUGGACUGCUAGGGGGUGGUGGCACCACAAAUACAACAGGCGGACUUGGCCUCAAUGUGACCGCCUCGCUUGGUCUUGGAAACAACAAUACCACAGGGACCACUGGAACAACUGGCUCGACUGGCUCAGGUCUUCUGGGUGGCCUCUUAGGAGGAGCGAAUGUUACCGCCACGACUGGUCGGACUAAUACCACAACGACCACCACAAAUUCGACCGGUACAGGUCUCCUGGGGAGCCUUUUGGGAGGAUUGAAUACUACCACCCCGACUGGCGUGACCAACACGACAACCAAUUCUACCUCACUCCUGGGUGGGCUUUUGGGGGGAACAGGUGGCACGACUAACACGACGGGAGGGCUCUUGGGAGGACUUUUGGGCAAGAGGAUCAAGGUAAAUCUGCCUUGGUUCUGA